AUGGAUAAGAGUCCAAUAUUUUUCAGUUUCUUGAUUCUUUCUCUUGUAUCACCAGUGUCUUCCCUCUCUUCCGACGGCCAAACCCUACUCUCUCUCCUCUCUUCCGCUGAUUCUCUCUCUUCCUGGAACUCAUCUUCACUAACACCAUGUUCAUGGCAAGGUGUCACCUGUUCCCCACAAAACAGAGUCAUCUCUCUUUCUCUCCCAAACACAUUCCUCAAUCUCACCUCUCUCCCGCCACAACUCUCCUCUCUCUCCUUCCUCCAACUCCUCAAUCUCUCUUCCACCAACAUCUCCGGUCAAAUCCCCCCCUCUUUCGGCUCUUUCCCACACCUCCGCCUGCUCGACCUAUCUUCAAACUCCAUCUCCGGUCCCAUUCCGCCAGAGCUCGGCCAGCUCACCUCCCUCCAGUUCCUCUAUCUUGACUCCAAUCAACUCUCCGGCACAAUCCCACCUCAACUUUCAAAUCUUUCAUCGCUUCAAUUCUUUUGCAUCCAAGACAAUCUCAUAAACAGCACCAUUCCAUCUCAGCUCGGAUCACUGGUUUCCCUCCAAGAGUUCCGGAUAGGUGGCAACCCUUAUUUGAUUGGAGAGAUUCCGCCGGAAUUAGGAUUCCUCUCCAAUCUCACCACUUUUGGGGUCGCAGCCACCGGACUUUCCGGGGUGAUUCCGACCACAUUCAAGAACAUGAUCAGUCUCCAAACUUUGGCCAUCUAUGAUACCGAGAUAUCCGGUUCAAUCCCACCUGAACUCGGGUUGUGCUCGGAGCUUAGAAACGUGUACCUUCACAUGAACAAACUCAAAGGUCCGAUCCCAAGUGAAUUGGGUAAGCUUCAGAAGCUCACUAGCUUACUUCUAUGGGGGAAUUCUCUCACCGGACAUAUUCCACUGGAGCUCUCCAACUGUUCGUCACUCGUAGUACUUGAUGUCUCCGCCAAUGAAUUGAGUGGCGAAAUUCCGAGUGAAUUGGGAAAGUUAACGGUUCUUGAACAGCUUCAUCUGUCCGAGAAUUCAUUAACGGGACCAAUUCCACCAGAGCUUAGUAAUUGCACCAGUCUUACAGCCAUCCAGCUUGAUAAAAACCAAAUUUCCGGCCAAAUCCCAUGGCAAAUUGGGAACUUGAAGAUGUUACAAAGCUUCUUUUUGUGGGGUAAUAUGGUCUCUGGUAUGAUUCCAUCGUCUUUUGGCAACUGCACUGAGCUUUACUCGCUUGAUCUUUCAAAGAACAAACUCACAGGCGAAAUCCCCCAAGAAAUCUUUGGUUUAAACAAGCUGAGCAAACUAUUACUACUUGGGAAUUCGCUGUCGGGUAAGGUGCCUAAGAGUGUCGGAAAAUGCCAAUCUUUAGUCAGAUUAAGGCUAGGAGAGAAUCAGCUUUCGGGUCCGAUUCCUAAAGAAAUAGGACAAUUGCCGAACCUCGUGUUUCUUGAUUUGUACACCAAUCAUUUCUCGGGUGUUUUGCCUUAUGAGAUCGGAAACAUUACGGUUCUUGAGCUCCUGGAUGUUCAUAACAAUCAUAUAACUGGUGAAAUCCCAUUGGAGUUAGGUGAGUUGGUGAAUCUUGAGCAGCUCGAUUUGAGUCAAAACGGAUUCACUGGUGAGAUCCCUUGGAGUUUCGGUAACUUUACUUACUUGAAUAAGCUCAUCCUCAACAACAAUUUGCUCACUGGUUUGAUCCCUGCAUCCAUAAAAAACCUGCAGAAAUUGACACUUCUUGAUCUGAGCUCAAACAGUUUUUCAGGUCCAAUCCCGCCUGAGAUCGGUUCUAUAACGAGCUUGACCAUUAGUCUUGACUUGAGCUCAAAUAGAUUCCAAGGCGAGAUACCCGAGUCAAUCAAUGGUUUGACCCAGUUGCAGUCACUUGAUCUUUCCCACAACUCGUUUCAUGGGAAAAUCUUGAUCUUGAGUACACUCACUAGCCUCACUUACCUGAAUGUUUCCUACAAUAAUUUUUCAGGUCCUAUCCCCAUGACACCAUUCUUUCGAACCCUAACGGCCAAAUCAUUCAUCCAAAACACAGGUCUUUGCGAGUCCAUUGAUGGGUAUACGUGUUCUUCACGAACACCCACAAGGAAAGGAUUGAAAUCAGCGAAAACCAUAGGUUUGGUGGUUGUAAUCCUUGUCUCUGUGACCAUUGCUGCUGCAGCCACUUGGAUCCUCAUGUCAAGAAACCAUAGAUACAUGAUCAAGAAUUCUUUAGCCGACUCAAACCCUGGCUCCAGGGGGGACGAUUUCUCGUACCCAUGGACAUUCAUUCCGUUCACAAAGCUUGGAUUCACCAUUGAUAACAUCUUGGAUUGCUUAAAAGAUGAGAAUGUGAUCGGCAAAGGGUGCUCUGGAAUGGUAUACAAAGCUGAAAUGCCAAACGGAGAGGUCAUUGCUGUCAAGAAGCUAUGGAAGACGAAUAAAGAUGAAGAACCGGCAAUCGACUCUUUUGCAGCCGAGAUUCAAAUUCUUGGCCACAUUCGGCACCGGAACAUAGUGAAACUUUUAGGGUAUUGUUCUAACAAGAGUGUGAAGCUUCUGCUUUACAAUCACAUUGCUAAUGGGAACUUACAGCAGCUGUUGCAAAGUAACAGGAACUUGGAUUGGGAAACUAGGUACAAGAUUGCAGUCGGGUCUGCACAAGGGCUGGCAUAUCUUCAUCAUGAUUGUUUGCCCGCCAUUCUCCAUCGAGAUGUCAAGUGCAAUAACAUCCUUCUGGAUUGCAAAUACGAAGCUUAUUUGGCCGAUUUUGGACUUGCAAAGCUGAUGAGUUCUACAAACUAUCACCAUGCCAUGUCCAGGGUCGCCGGAUCCUAUGGAUACAUCGCCCCAGAAUAUGGGUACACGAUGAACAUAACGGAGAAGAGCGAUGUCUACAGUUAUGGGGUGGUGUUAUUAGAGAUCUUGAGUGGACGUAAUGCGGUUGAGAAUCGGGUAAGGGAGGGUUCGCAUAUAGUUGAGUGGGUGAAAAAGAAGAUGGGAAGCUUUGAGCCAGCAGUGACCAUACUGGACAUGAAGCUCCAGGGGCUACCGGAUCAGAUGGUGCAAGAAAUGCUACAAACACUUGGGAUAGCAAUGUUCUGUGUGAACUCUUCACCGGCGGAGAGGCCGACCAUGAAAGAGGUGGUUGCAUUGUUAAUGGAAGUCAAGAGCUCACCUGAAGAAUGGGGGAAAACUUCUCAACCUCUGAUGAAACAAUCAUCAACUCACUCAUAGUUAAAUCAUCAUCAAGAAGUAGGGUUUUGAGGUCCCAAAUGGGUAAAAGAGUUGUGUUGUUUGGGCAUGAAAGAUUUGGAUAAAUGAUGUGAUUGUUGUAGUUUGUACUAAGUGAUUAUAAGAUGAUUGUUUCAGGGUUAAUUCUUUCUGAACUAUAAAUUAGGGUCUUGGUUAAGAGUGUGUGGA